UCCCAUUCUCUCCGUGGCCGCUGCACAGCAAUACAGUCAGAGUGGGACCCAAAGUGAAAUGUGUUGUGGCAAAUAGUUGAAAACUAGACAAUAAUUGAAAACUGGCCGGAAAAAAGUGUCCCAGCAGCUUUUGUGAGACAUAGUCAACCAAUACGGGAUUAGUCGAAAAUAAUCGAAAAUGAAAACAAGAGAAUGGCUGCUGCUGGGACUCUAUUUAGGUACUGUAUCAUGUCAACAGAGCGCAAAGUUACAACAAAACCCUUGCAGUUUCAAGGCGACGUGCCACGAAUGUAUUCAAACUCCGACGUGCGCCUGGUGUUGGCAGCCCAAUCUUCCCGAGAGCCAGAGUCGGUGUUUCCAGCCGAAUCUGAACACCGGUGACCAACUCCUCCAGUGCGCUGAAGAGUACAUAUGGAAUCCGGACAAUGAGUAUACCAUACAGAGAGCGGAGAAGCUGACGAAAGUGAGCGAGUCUGGCCACAGCUACCAAGAGAAUUGGGAACAAUCCAGCAGCCAAGGGCAAAGCUUUGGCCAUGGACACGGGGCUCAGAAUGAUAUUGUACAAAUCUCCCCUCAAGAAGCACGCCUCAAACUUAGAAUAAAUGAAGCAUACAGAAUUUCAGUUUCAUAUUCGCAAGCUGUAUCUUAUCCAGUGGAUUUGUACUACCUCAUGGAUCUGUCAAAAUCUAUGGAAGAUGACAAAGAAAAGCUCUCAGCCCUGGGCAACAUUUUAGCAGAAAGUAUGAAAAAUAUCACGUCAAACUUCAGACUCGGCUUUGGCUCAUUUGUCGACAAAGUUGUAAUGCCUUACGUUUCAAUAGUGCCUAAAAAUUUGAAAGAACCUUGUCCUGGUUGUGAAGCCCCUUAUGGUUACCAAAACAUAAUGUCACUAAGCAUGGACACGGAAGAAUUUGCUGGCCAGGUGCAAAGUGCUUCUGUUUCCGGAAAUCUCGACGCCCCCGAAGGAGGUUUUGAUGCGAUAAUGCAAGCCGUGGUGUGCAGGGAGCAAAUUGGAUGGAGAGAAAAAGCCAGAAGACUUCUUGUAUUUUCGACAGACGCAGGAUUCCACUAUGCCGGUGAUGGAAAGCUUGGUGGAAUUGUGAAGCCAAAUGACGGCCAGUGCCAUUUAGACAGCAGAGGCUAUUAUACAUACUCAAACGAACAAGAUUAUCCAUCUGUGUCCCAAAUUAAUCUCAAAGUGAAGCAGAAUGCAAUAAAUGUCAUAUUUGCUGUAACGUCCGAACAAAUUGGAGUUUAUAGUAGACUGAGGCAUCAUAUAGAAGGAUCAUCUGCAGGCGUCCUUUCCAAUGAUUCGUCAAAUGUUGUUGAACUUGUAAAAGAACAGUAUGAUAAAAUUACAUCUUCAAUUGAAAUGAAAGAUACAGCUUCAAGUGCAGUUAAAGUUACUUAUUUAUCAAACUGUCUUGAUACUGAUGGACCUCUUCAAAAGACUAAUAAAUGUGAUGGACUUAAAGUUGACUCUGAAGUUACGUUUCAAGCUUUGGUAGAAGUGAAAUCUUGCCCUCCAAACCGAAAAGACUGGAAGCAGACGUUUAGCAUAUAUCCCGUCGGCAUCAACGAAUCAUUGACCGUCCACCUUGAAAUGCAAUGUGACUGCCCGUGUGAAAACCCAGGCAAUCAAGCAUUCAAAGAACAUGCUGAUGAAUGUUCUGGAGCGGGAACAUACAAAUGCGGUAUCUGCGAAUGUGACGAUGAUCAUUUUGGAAGAAGUUGUGAGUGUAACGCAUACUCCAAAAAUCAGGAUGAAAAUGGAACAGGCUGCCGACCUGACAAUUCUUCAACAGUCGAUUGCAACGGAAGGGGAACCUGCAUCUGCGGCCAAUGCCAAUGCUUCCCCAGAUCCAACCCAUUAGAAGUUAUAUCAGGAGCUUAUUGCGAGUGUGACAACUUUUCAUGUGAUAGAGUAGAUUCGCUCCUAUGCUCAGGUCCUGAGAAAGGUACAUGCGACUGUGGUAAGUGCAGGUGUGAACCUGGCUGGAGCGGGGCUGACUGCUCUUGCAGUACUUCCCAAGAAACCUGCCGAUCUCCUACAGGAGGAGAGAUCUGUUCCGGUAAAGGAGAGUGCGUUUGUGGGAAAUGCGUCUGUAACGAUGAAACCGAAGGCAGAUACACCGGAAAGUUCUGCGAAAAAUGCCCAACCUGCCCAAGAAGAUGUGAAGAGCUUAAAGAUUGUGUGCAGUGCCAAGUUUAUGAGAAAGGGCCGUUAAAAGAUGCUGAGUGUCUAGCCAACUGUUCUUUCACACCAGCGGUGGUCGACAAUAUAGUCAUUGAUGACACUAAAGAUGAAGCACCAUGCGUAUUCAUAGACGAAGAUGAUUGUAGGUACACAUUCAUCUACACAUAUGAUGAAAAGGGGAAACUUGUUGUCACAGCAAAGAAGAAGCUUGACUGCCCUCCCAAAGUAUUUGUUUUGGGUAUCGUCAUUGGUGUUAUUGGAGCAAUUGUCUUUAUUGGGCUAAUACUUCUGCUUCUAUGGAAGCUUUUGACUACUAUUCAUGACAGGCGGGAGUUUGCGAAGUUUGAACAAGAAAGAACACACGCUAAAUGGGACACGGUUGAAAACCCAAUUUACAAACAGGCGACGUCAACAUUUAAAAACCCAACCUACGCCGGGAAAUGAAACCUGAGUCAUAAUGAGUCAAAAUGAUCUUUACUAAAAAAAAUUAGGGUACUUAACCACUAAGGAAACUAGAAAACUAGAUAUGUAAGAAAACUGGGUGUCUUAGCACGUAACUGUGUGCCUUCCAGAAACAAUCCACUGUCCAUAACUCAGUUUGUUUACUGAACUUGUACUUAGCUCUACGCAAACUGCC